AUGGGGAUUAGUGCCCAGCAACGAUUCUACAGUGUCUCUGCAAACAACUCAGUAGUGCUACGCCCCUAUCAGCAGGCUUCCAUCGACGCCUGCCUCAAUGCCCUCACAUCCGGCUCUUCUCGCAUCGGUGUCUCGCUUCCUACUGGUUCAGGGAAGACGACUGUCUUCAUCUCGCUGCUGGAUCGUAUAAAUUCACCGCCCGAAAACCCGGGUGCGAGGCGGGCCUUGGUCGUCGUGAACAGUGUAGAGCUUGCCAGGCAGGCCGCUGCUCAGGCUGAGAAGCUGCAUCCGGAGUGGAGCGUUGAGAUAGAGCAGGGGGCGAAGUACCAUGCUUCCGGAGAUGCAGACCUCACUGUCGCGACGUACCAGACUCUUCUCCGGCAGAACAGACUGGCGAAGUUCAAUCCCAAUGGGAUCAAGGCGGUCAUCAUCGACGAGGCGCACCACGCAGCUGCACCUUCGUACCGGCGCAUACUGUCGCACUUCCAUCCUGCAAUUCGCCACCCGGACGAGGAAUUCCGAGCUCCUGAUGUCAAACACUCGAUCGCGGUCCUGGGUUUCUCGGCGACGUUCAGCCGACAUGACGGACUUGCCCUUGGGUCCGUCUUCGAGCAGAUCGUCUACCACCGAGACUUCUUGGACAUGAUCAAAGAGCAGUGGUUGUGCAAUGUCCAGUUCACUUGCGUUCGUGCCAACAUUGACCUCAGCGAGGUGACCAUCAAUUCGCAUACUGGCGACUUCAACCCUACCAGCCUAGCGCAUGUCAUCAACACGCCGACGAUCAACAAGGUGGUAGUGCAGACAUGGCUCGACCGUGCCUCCGAACGGAAGUCCACUCUGAUUUUUUGCGUGAACCUGGCGCAUGUACACCACCUCACGGAGGCCUUCCGGACAGCCGGCAUCGACGCGCGAUAUGUGUAUUCGAGGACGCCGGCAAGUGAACGGCGUGCCCUUGUAGAAUCGUUCAGGAAGGGCGAGUUCCCUGUCCUCAUCAACUGUGCUGUAUUGACAGAAGGAGCUGACAUUCCCAACAUCGACUGCGUCAUCGUCGCGAGACCUACUCGUUCCCGCAAUGUCUUUGCCCAGAUGAUUGGACGAGGCAUGAGGCUUUCGCCCGAUACCGGCAAGCAAGACUGCAGGAUAAUCGACUUCGUGGACUCGCAGAACCGUGUAUCGGGAGUCGUCUCCCUGCCUACGCUGCUGGGCCUUGACCCAUCGGAAAUCAUCGAUGGUGAGGUUGUCGACGAAAGUCUCACCUCGCUCGAGGAGCGGGCUGCCCAGCGCACCCUCGAAGAAGGCGAGAAGCCGCCUCAAAGUACCAGCGACGUACCGGAUCCGAAGUCCAUCACGUACGUUGACUACGAAGACCCAUUCUCGUUCGUCGACCACGCGUUCGGCGCCCCUCACAUUCGCCGAUUGAGCCAGCUAGCUUGGGUUGGUUGCGGUAACGAUGUGUAUGUUUUGCAAUGCCUCAGUGAAGGCUUCAUACGCCUCGAGAAGCAGGAGGGCAACGACGGGGAGGAACCUCAAUAUGUGGUCAACUUCACGCCCCGCACGGUCUCGAUGGCUACUGCCUUCAUGUUGAAGAUCUCUCCUUACCAGAGGAGCAGGGAAGUCCUCAGAGCGCAGACAUUGGCCGAAGCGAUCCGUGGCGCCGACACCUUUGCAGUGCAAAGUGUGGUCAAGGGACCUAGUGCGACGGGAUUAAGACGGAAUGCUCGUUGGCGUCGUGAGCCUGCAACGGACAGCCAGAAAGCCAUGGUCAGGAAACGUUGGAAGGCACGACCUGGGUUGUUGGACCCCGAAGGGCGGAGCAAGAAUCGUAUCGACAAAAUGACCAAGGGAGAAGCUGCGAACAUUAUUUCUCGUCUGAAGCACGGUGCCCAGACACGCUACGAGAAGAAACUGAAGGCUCAACAGCGUGCUCAAACUGCCGACGCUAAAGAGAGACUGAGAGUCGCAAGACAGUAUGUGCAAGUCGGACCCUUGCCUUCGGUCCAUAAAUGA